CGCUGAUUUAAUUAAAAAUGCAGCCAAUUGUAAAAAGCCAAUAAAACAACAAAUAUUUAUUUAUUUAUAAAAUGCAUGCAAAUUCACCGAUGAUCAGUAGCAACAGCUUUAUUGCAACACAAACAACAAAAUUGUAUACGAGAAAACACAAAAGCAACAAGAACAAUAAUUAUACGCGGCAAAAUGAUUGACUUUAAAUAAUUUAUGAUGAUUGUACGGCAUCUUUACACACAAACACAUAAAAUAAUUAAAUAAAUAUUAAAAUUAAUUGUUAACAAAUAUCGGCGCAACAUAAUAUGUGCACAACGGUUUGCGUGUUUCUCUCUCAUCUCUCACGUCGUGUCGUCAUCUCAGUGUGUGCAUUUCAAAUAGCAACACAAUUAAUAGUAAAUAAAUUUUAAAAAGAGUUAAAAUGUGUAAAAUUAAUUUGCUUACAAAUAUUUAUUGCCACAGUUUUAAUGAGACGAGGCAAGAGUCAUAAUAAUAAAAAUAAUAAAAUAAAAGAAAAAUAAAGAAAAAAAGAUGAAAAAGUCCGUCUGAAGUGCGCAAAUACAAAUUAAAUUUAUUACGGUAAAUCUAGCAGCGGCAACUAUACAGCAACAACAUGAAAAUCGUAAAAUUAUUAUUACUAUUAAAUUGUUUAUUUACUUUAAUAGUCGCAUGAAGAUGAUGGAAUUGAAAUGGGCCUAACGGAACUUUCGUAAAAAAAUAAAAAAAAACAAAGAAAAUAUUUUAAAAAAAAAUUAACAUACAACGAUCCUAAAAAUAGACAAGCAAUUUAAAUUUAUAUGGCUUAAUUAUUAUUAAUGUGCAUUUUGUGGUUUUUAGACGUCUACUGAGUAAAUAAUAUAAAUAAUAAUAUCCAUAGGAAAGUUAACACAAGCUAUAAUAAAUCAAUCGGCGAAUGCAUUUAAAUUUUCAAUAAACAAGCAUUUGAAAUUUUUGGCUCAUCAUGGAUAUCUCUUCCACGGGAAACAUAUCCACAGAUGAUUUCUUGGCCAUGGUGAAUACGACGCUGCGCGAUCCGCUGCGUGCGAUCCAUGGUCUUGGCAUCAACGAUACCUUUGCCAAUCAAACGAUCAUUCAUGGCGUCUAUCCGAGCGGUUAUACCCUACCGCAUAUCGUUGUCGCCUCCAUCAUUGUCACAAUCCUUAUGAUUAUCAUUGUCGUCGGCAAUAUGCUCGUCAUUAUUGCCAUUAUGACGGAAAAAUCUCUCAAAAAUAUCCAGAAUUGGUUCAUUGCGAGUCUCGCGGUAGCGGAUUUUUUUCUCGGACUCGUCAUAAUGCCCUUUUCGCUGGCAAACGAGCUCAUGGGCUACUGGAUUUUCGGGAAUUGGUGGUGCGAUGUGCACAGCGCGAUGGAUGUGCUGCUGUGCACGGCAUCCAUUAUGAAUUUGUGCCUCAUAUCGCUCGAUAGGUAUUGGAGUAUAACGCAGGCAAUUGAGUAUUUGAAGCAGCGGACGCCAGCGAGGGCGGCUUUUAUGAUUGCCGCAGUGUGGAUUAUGUCGGCGCUGAUAUGCAUUCCGCCGUUGCUGGGAUGGAAGGCGAAACGACCGGAGGCGACGGAGCAUUUGCCGCAGUGUCAGCUCAGCGAAGACAUUGGUUAUGUGCUGUAUUCGGCGCUGGGAUCGUUCUAUAUUCCCAGCUGCAUCAUGGUUUUUGUAUAUAUUAGGAUAUAUUUUGCGGCGAAGCGACGUGCGCGACGCGGCAUUAAAAAGCAACCGAGAAAACCGCCAAAUGAACAGGUAACUAGCUUUACAACAAAUCCCAAUAAGGGAACCCAUCCGAUGCCAACACAUCCAAUACCCAGUGCCUCAACGGAACAGCAGCAACUCGAUCCAUGCAUCGCUGCGACGUCGCCGAACGCGAUAACUGCAACCAACAACAAUGCACAAUCACUUCACGAGCAAGUAGCAACAAUAGAAGCCCCACCGAGACAAAUACAAAUACCCGUAGUUACCUGUGAUUUCGCCUCCGACAUGUCAACGAGCGAAGCUGCCGACCAAAAUAGCGGCGACGGCUACAAAGAUACGCUAAAAGUUGGCGCCCUCUGUAGCAUGGCGCAAGCUCAAAAUAUCCGCAAUGUGUCCGUAACGACAACUAACGGAACUACAACAACAACUACCCUUAGUACAAAUAACGAGCUACAGGUGUCGUCUUCAUCGUCGCCAGCGACGGGUCGAAAUCGUGCAUUAUCUGUGGGCGUCGAGACCGACAUGGUAAGCGAAUUCGACCCGUCGAGCUCCGAUUCGGGUGUCGUGAGUCGCUGCGCCGUCGUCAAACCGCUCAAAUUUCGUCUGUGUCAGCCGAUAUUCGGCAAAAAAGGUAACAAGGCGCGAAAAGAGAACGCCAAGGCGCACGCGGCGGCGCAUCAUCAUCAUCACACGAGCAACAAAAACAACAGUAGCAGUAAUAGUAGUAAUCAGGUAGCGGCGAACAACAAAGCCAACAAUAAUCAAAUAUCAGAGCUUGAGCCGGCACUUCCGAAGCCGGAAAAGAAGAUGCGCGACCCCGAGAAGGAGAAGCGACGAAUCGCGCGAAAGAAGGAAAAGCGAGCGACACUUAUUUUAGGCUUAAUUAUGGGUAGCUUCAUUGCGUGCUGGCUGCCCUUCUUCUUUUUGUACAUUCUCGUGCCAAUGUGUCCCAAAUGUGAGAUUCCGGAUGCGGCAUUUGCCUUAGCGUUCUGGCUCGGGUACAUGAAUAGCGCGCUAAAUCCCGCCAUUUAUACGAUCUUCAACAAGGACUUUCGGCGCGCCUUUCGACGGAUACUGUUCAAGUGAUGUUUGGCCUAUGUGUGCUGCUAUCGUUGCGUUUCACGUAGUAUUGAAAAGGCAACAGAAAAAGCAAUGGGCAACACACGUAUGGGAGGUUAUGGUGGUUACUUAGGACGCUAAUUCUUAGUUUUUAUCUUAAUUUAGUGGCGGGGCGUUGUUCAGUUAUGACGUUGAAGUAUUACGAAUAUAUACGAGAUCUAUAGAUACAGAAAAGGGGAAGAGGAAUUGCUCUUACGAACCCUUCAAACCUUAAUUUUUGUAUCUUAACGAAUAAGGGGUUAAUUUAAUCCUUUUAAAUGGACUUUGUUAACCCCUUAAGCCUUAAGAUACAAAAAUUAAGCUUUGAGGUGUUAA